AUGAAGUACGCCACCGGAGCUUUGGUCGCCAUAUGCCUCGCCACUAGUAUCUUUGCCGCUCCCACUCAGGAAACUAGCCUGGGGGAGUACGAAGGCGGCUACCGCCGCUCCGUGGAAGCGGCCGACCAUGGCUGUAAGAACAAGCAGUCCCAUGGCAAGAAGAAGCACCAUGGGAACGACGACGCCCCUGCUGGCGGCUACCGCCGCUCCGUGGAAGCGGCCGACCAUGGCUGUAAGAACAAGCAGUCCCAUGGCAAGAAGAAGCACCAUGGGAACGACGACGCCCCUGCUGGCGGCUACCGCCGCUCCAUGGAAGCGGCCGACCAUGGCUGUAAGAAAAAGCAGUCCCAUGGCAAGAAGAAGCACCAUGGGAACGACGACGCUCCUGCUGGCGGCUACCGCCGCUCCGUGGAAGCUGCCAAUUAA